UUGUUUUCCAUAAAGAUCGGGCUCGGUGUGCUUUGACUUUGACAUAAGUAUUUACACACGAAUUUUUAUUACGAAUCGCUGUCAUAUUCUUGCAAUUUUUUACGUGAUUCUGAACAUUGUUGGUGAGCAAAAAUGAGAUCGAACUAAGUGAAAGACUGUUUAUCUUUUGUAACUCUACUCAAAAGUUCUCUUGUGACCACAGAGGGGGUUUUCCCCAAAUCCAGCAUCACGAUUUUUGGAGAUACACAUAAGAUCGCGGGUGGCGGUGGCAGAGGUAUGUUCUGCUACCAUUGCCCGCCCGCACUACAUCCCGGAGCACCACAGCCGAGAUUGCCCACAUUAGAGUAUCCAUUUACUUCUUCGCAUCCAUAUACUAGUUACUCGUACCACCCUGCCAUUCACGACGACACGUUCGUUAGACGAAAACAAAGGAGAAACAGAACCACCUUUACGUUACAACAAUUAGAAGAAUUAGAAACGGCUUUUGCACAAACUCAUUACCCGGACGUUUUUACUAGAGAAGAUUUAGCUAUGAAAAUAAAUUUGACUGAAGCUAGGGUGCAGGUCUGGUUUCAAAACAGACGAGCAAAAUGGAGAAAAGCUGAACGACUAAAAGAAGAACAAAGAAAAAGAGAAGGACAAGACAUAGUUAAAAGGGACGACGACACUAAAGAAGAAAAGGUUGAAGAUGGUUUAGCUAGCAGUUCCCCAGAAACAAAUGCUGACCAAGAAGAAGGUAGGGAUAGGGAAUGUUCGAGUCCGAGUAGCGCUGGUCGAGAAACACCGGAACCAACACGUAGCGUUACUGAAGCUGAUCCCUCUAACCCUUCGUCACCACACAGUCCCGCGCCCUCGGGGUCUUCGGAACCACCAAAGCCUCUGCAGCCCCCACCUUUUUCGCAUAUGUUUCCAUUUGGAGAUAGCCAUUCUGGCGGAUUUAGACCAGUGAUUGAUGGUAGUUCGGGAGCACGAAAUACACCUCCUUUGUUCUUUUCGCCUCAUCUAGCAUCUCACCUUUCUUCGCAAUUUUCGCCUCCACUCUUCCCAUCACUUAAAGGUUUUCCAGGACUGUGUUCUUGCUGUCCGAUAAAGCCUCUCUCGGGCCUAGCAUCAAACUUACUGCCAACAAGCGAUGCCUCAGAUCUCUCGCCAGGAAGUGGAGACCAGCGCUCCUCUAGCGUUGCCGAACUCAGAAGAAAAGCGCAGGAACACUCUGCGGCAUUAUUGCAAAGUUUGCAGCAUGUAGCCAAUUUUCAACAAGCUGCAAAUUUUGCGGGUGCAAGCUUAAACUUCCCGCUUUUGCCACCGUUGACGUUACAGGCGUUACAAAGAAAGCAUGAACCUGUUGAAGGAACCGGAGGGGAGAAUAGUGCAAAUAAAGAAGCGUCGGUUUAAGAUUAAGUGAUUUAGUACAGUAGGGUGUCUGCAUAGGCAUAGCUCGUUUUAUCUAAAGUUACUUAAAGGAAUACUUUUCUGCAAUUUUUGUUAUUUUGGACCAAUAAUAAUCAACAAAUAUUGUAAUGAUUUAAUAAUACAGUUCUUCGUCAUACAUUUUGAGUAUAUUGCGGAGUUUUAUUUAUUUUCGUUAAAAAUUAGAGAUAUUUUCAGAAAACUUUAAUAUCAUCGAAGUAAAAAAUUCCUUUUGUAAUUGGUGUAAUUUUAAUUAAAAAAAUUAAAACUUAAAAAUCCAAAGGGAUUACAAUAAGUUUUCAGAACGUUUUCGGAGCUAUCAGUCCAUCUUCACUGAAUUUAUAUUUCUUGCUAAAAACCCCAGAACCAAAUAGUGUAAAAUUUACAUUAUAAAAUUGUAAAAUGAAACGACUGUAUAGCCGAUGAAAUUGGAUAACUAGCUGGGUAUAUAAUAGGUUUGUUCCAUCCCGUCACAUAACCGUUCUUGAAUCGUUACACGCAUGCGCAAUAACGUAAAAUUAUGCGCAAUAGCUCAUUUUCCGUUACUGCGCAUACUUGUAGCCAUUCAAGAACGGUUACGUGACGGGUUGGAACAAACCUAUCUUGUCCCUACUCGAAUGAGUCAUUAUGGCGGUUAUAACGAGCUAUGUCUUAUUUGCCACAAAUAGUUGCACAAAUUCUGUCAAAACUUUGAACGCAAAUUUUUCAGCAUAUAAUCAGAGAAAAAUAAAGCUUACUGUUAAUUAGAAGGAAAUUUCAACUAUAUCGAAGAUACUUCAGUUUCAUAUAUUUUCUAUACUUUCAUUGAAUGGAAAAUACUACUCUUUUUUAAUGCGACAAAAUCUUAUAAAACACCUUAUUUCAAAUUUACCUCACAAUAAGUUUAUAGCCCUUUUCUGUCCGUGACUCCAUCGCCCAGUUUAACCCUUUCCUUUCAGUGCAACAUUUUUUAGAGUUAGAGAUUUUCCUUGAUGGUGACGAUAAAAGUGACACAGUAUUAGGUCAGGAGAAAAAAGUGAAUGUUAUGUUAGAUUUGUAAUUAUUCAUGUAGUAUUCGAGUGGUCAGAUAUCACAAUAAAAAAGGAACAAUAAUUCGAGAUUACCAUUCAUUUCUUAUUUCUUCAACAUUUUAUCAUAAUCAUCAAUGGCGUUACAACUCUUCGUGAGUCUUUGCCGCGUUUACUAUUGCCUUCCAUGUUUCUCGGUCCUGUGUCAAUAAUUCCCGUUGUCGCACUCCCAUUUUCUCUAUAUCUUCUUUGACUGCAUCUUUCCACCUUUUUCUAGGCCGUCCUACAGACCUUUUUCCAUUUGGUUUUUCCCAGAACACAUUGUUUAUAAAGGGAUUGUCGUUACUGCGUAUCACAUGCCCUGUCCAUCUGAGUCUAUUGGCCUUUAUAUAUCUGACUGUAUUUUCCUUUCCAAAUAGAGAUUCUAAGUCGUUAUUGUAUCUGCUCCUCCAUUCGUUUGUUGCGCUGUCUCUGCAAGGGACAUGCCAUAUAUAAUUCGAAGGAUUUUACGUUCCCACACCAGUAAUUUAUUUACUUCUCUUUUUGUUAGCGUCCAUGUUUCAAUCAGAAGUUCUCAAACCAAUUCAAGACCGAGAGAGGUGUUAGACAAGGAUGCGUGUUGUCACCUGACUUAUUUAACAUUUAUGGUGAACAUGGCAUGAGGAUGGUUUUAGAAGGAUGGGCCGGUGGAGUAACAGUAGCUGGUAGGAAAAUGUUCAAUUUAAGAUUUGCUGAUGACACUACACUUAUAGCAGCAAAUGAGCAAGAAAUGUUUGAUCUUCUGCGAAGAGUUGAGUACGAAAGCAAUCAAGUUGGUCUGAAAAUCAAUAAAGCUAAGACAAAAAUAAUGGUGGUCGACAGAUUUGACACUAUUCAACUGACUAACAUAUUACAGGAAUACCAGAUAGUAAACACCUUUGUCUAUCUCGGGUCGCAAAAAAUGCGAUGAGUCGCAUAACUAAAGUUUGGAAAGACAGAUCUAUCUCUCAAAGUAUCAAGAUGAGAUUGGUGAAUGCCCUUGUAUUCUCAAUAUUUCUAUACGGAGCAGAGACUUGGACUCUUCGUGCAUACGAGAGCCAAAAAAUUGAUGCCUUUGAGAUGUGGUGCUGGAAAAGAAUGCUGCGCAUACCUUGGACAGCUCAUAGGACAAACGUUUCCAUUCUAAACCAACUCAAUAUUAAAAAAAGGCUGUCCACAAUAUGUCUGCAACGAAUUCUGCAAUUCUUUGGUCACGUGGUUCUCAGAGGUGACGACAGUUUGGAGAGAUUAAUUAUUUCUGGAAACGUUCCGGGGAGAAGAUCAAGAGGACGAUCACCAACUAGAUGGUCUGACCAAAUAAAGCAUUCAGCUGGAAACUCAUUCUGCGAAGCUCUUAAAGCAGCUGAAGAUAGAGACCAAAUGAGAAACAUUGUUAGGGAUAUUGGAAGAAAUCACGAUCCUCAGUAAUGGGGACACGACAGGAGAGAGAGAGAGAGAGAGAGAGAGAGAGAGAGAGAGAGAGAGAGAGAGAGAGAGAGAGAGAGAGAGAGAGAGAGAUGUUUCGCUUCCAUACGCUACUGCUGGUCAUAUUAUGGUCUUAUAUAUCUGGAUUUUUGCACCUCGUGAAAGAAGUUUUGACUUCAUUAGAUGUUGCAUUGCAAAGAAAGAUCUUUUUCCUGCCAAUAUUCGCGUUUUAAUUUCUCGUUCUAUUUUAUUGUCAUUUGUGAUUGUUGCUCCUAGAUAUUUAAAUUCUAGGACAACAUUUUAUAUUCUUAUGAUAUACCAGUAGUGGAGGACGUUGGCAGGUACUAUCUCUCAUGUCGUUUUAGUCACCAUGGAAAGGUUAUACCACCUACAAACUUGCACAUCUGACAAUAAUUCACUGCCACAUUAUUUUUUGCAAUCAAAUAUAUUUUCAUUCCAAGUUCAAUACAAAAUUUCAGUAGAAUUCGUUGCUAAUUAAAACUUUUGGCAGAAUAAAGAUCAGAUCUUAAACAAAUGAAGACUAAAAAUACUACUUGAAAGAGAGGUAGUAAAUGAAAAUGCAAUCGCCUUGGUAAUUGUAGAAACGGCUAUCAAAUAUUCCUGCAUUAUAUAAUAGUUGUCUAAAUAAUGAGUACAAUUUGUACAAUCUUCAUCCGAUAAUAUUUCUACUUUUUUCGAUGACGCUACAAUCCACCUUAAUCCAUCCACGGUACCACAACGUCACACACCUGGUGCCCCUAAAUUCUGACUAGCGUGAUCAGAUAUUACGCUUCCGAUGCCACUUCACUGUCUUAUCUUUCCUUUGCCUCUCUUUGGUUCUAUAUCCUGUAUGUUAUUAUCUAAUGCCUUCUUGUUAAUCUAUCGUCAUUCAUAAUCACUACAUAUGAUACUAGCCGAUCGAAGUCUCUGAAGUCUAGCAAAUUCUAGAUGGGUGUUUCUUCCAGCAACUGGUAUAGUUCGUAGUUGUAUCUGAAUCUUCAUAUCCCAUUUAAAUAGAUCGGUUAACCUAAUGUUGACCAGGUGUUAAUUAAUGUUGUAGGGUCUAUUGUUGCAGUAGAUAUUUUCAAACUUGAUGCUGAACCCUGAAGUGUUCCUAGAUGCAGCUUCUAGAGGACGUGCGCGUUAUACCUACCUAUAUACCAUUUGUUUUAAAAUAAUAUAUUAUUCUGGUUCUGUAUUAUAUAGUUGGACUUUUGAGCAUUUUUGAUGCCUUCAUAACACUUAAAAUCGGCAAUAAACAAAAGAUCAUGCCACACUAUCUAUAAACCCAAAAAUUAAUGUACCUACACUUCUUAAGAAGGUUUGAAUCGGUUUCAAAUAGAACCGCAACAGAAAUUCAAAAUAUACAAUAUAUUCAUCAUAUUGUCACAUUUUUGGUUUGUUAAUUUUUAACAAUAUUUUUGUCAUUCAAAGUUUUGUGCACACCGUAUUAUACGUUAACAACAACGUGCAAUAGUUGUUUUCUAUUUUCCAAAAGUAUUUUAUAAAAAAAUAUUACCACUUAACCAAAAUCCAAAAGUUAUUUUGAAAAUAUACAAAGUAACCACUUUGUUGACAUAAAUAUAUUUAUACAAUACCAAGCUAGAAAAAUUUUCUUGAAUAUUUUCUAUGAGUCUUUGAAUUAUUCACAUUUUUUGUGCAUUACACAUUGCGACUUGUAUAUAGCUAUGUUUGUUUUUGUUUUUAUAAUAUAUACAAGAAAUUGUUUUGUUGGACCACAUUGGAUUUAAUUGGAUGUUUUUGAAUUUUGAUCAAUAUUUGUAUAUUGAAUGAAUAAUAUAGUUAAUAUUAAUUGUUCUGAAGCUAUCUACUUGUGUCAUUGUUCUUUGGUGGUCUGACAAGAUUUUAGACGGUUUUAAACGGUAAUUGCUAAAAUUUUCAAAUCAAAAACGAAUAAUAUAGAUAAGUGAAUGUUUCUAAUUGUGUAAGAAGCAAAACCAAAGAAAUAUGAUAUCUGAUUUAACAAAGAAAAAAAGAUGAAAAUUUUUACUUUUCUUUUAAAAUGUUGGUCACUUUUUUAAAAACUAAUGAAAGUAUUAACUUGAGAAAUUAAAUUUUAUUUAUAAUAAUAUGGAAAUUAUCAGUAGUAAUUGUAGAAGAGCUCUAAAAUUAUCGAAUUUUUCCCGAGUGACACUUUGACAGUUUUAAUGUGACAGUCAAAGUGUCACGAGGGCAAAAAUUCGAUAAUAAUUUUAGAGAUCGAGUGCAAUUUGUUGCAAUUAUUUCAUGAAUAAAACUGUUCAAAACAUGAAUAAAACUGUUUAUUGUAAUUCAUUUAUGUAAGUACAAAUUAGUACAAUUAAACACACAGUUGUUAUAAAUAUUUGACGGUUGAAAGUCAUCACUUUUAUAAUUGUUAAAACAUUAACUGUCAUUAAUGUCACUGAAUGUAUAUUUUCGUAGCAACGAAGGGCAUCUGACGUAAUAUACUUGACGACGGGAUAUUAUCAAAAAUUAUCAGUUUAAUUUUUAUUUCUGUAGCUUUCUAUUGGUUAGAAUCUCCUAUGAAUGAAAUAAUCUUACUAACGGCCGGUUUCACAAAGUAAAAUUAACUUGUGGUUAAGAGAUAACCAGAGGUUACCCCAAAAUAUGCGUUUUAGUUUCAGGUCAACGGCGAAGUAUGGUUAACUCACAGAAUUUUUAACCAGAGGUUGGAGUGGUUUACCCUUAUGGGUAUACCCAGAAGGGUAACAAUUAUGAAACUGAAACGCAUAUUUUGGGGUAAUUUUGAGGUUAUCUCUUAACCACAAGUUAACUUUCCUUUGUGUAAUAGGCACCUACUCCAUUACGUCAAUUAAAGUGCGACGACUAGCUGUCGGAAGAUCGUCACUUGGGGUAGAGAAAUCAAACCUAUGUCUCUCUGAUGAUGCCUCUAAUAAGAGUCGAAAAUCGUCGAUUUAGAGUGCUGGUUUGCGCUCUAUGAACGAAGUAAAGAAUAAGAUAGUUUUGCCUUCGUACUUCAACUGAAUAAAAAUGGUAUACAUUUUUAUUUUUCUAUUAGUAUUAUUCCUAUCGAGUAGGUUGGUCCAUUUUCCGUUGGAAUUUACCAAGCUAUGCAGACGGGGUUGUGAAUUACAACUUUUAGAAUUCCCUCUUGUCUUCAUUGCAGCAUCCAUCUGGCUUGCAAUUUUUAGAAGCCGUGGAGGUGUCACCAGGAAAAUGGACCAAUAAGUUUUUAAAUAAAUAUCUUUUAAAAAUAUUUUUAAAUAUUUUUAUUAGGUUAAAAAACUUUGACUUUUAUAAUUAUAUUAUUUAUUUACAAAAUAAAAAGUAUUGGUCGCAAAACAAUUAUUAAUCAAAUAGAAUCUAAUGAAAUUUAUUUAUAAUUGUCAACAAAGUGGAAGAAUUAAAAAAGCCUCGAUUGUUGGUACCUACGUAUAUUGUUUUAAAGGAACUGGAUUUCGAAAGCUGACAGAUCUUUUCUCAACCAUUUAACAAUAACUUUUGUAGUAAUAAUUUUAGUGCAAAUAUAAAAUAUACCAUAGAAAAAUGUUAAUAGUGUAAACUUAAAAUCGAAUAGAAAUAUUAUUGUAAAUAACUUAGUGUUCACUUUACCCUUGUAGUACAGUACAGUUACCAAUUUUGUGAUGUGAUUUAGUAUUAUGAUUCUUACUGUUUAUGUAUAACAAGACAGUUAUGUAAAAAUAUGAAAAUAGA